UAUUAACUAACGCCUGGCCUGCCAAUCAAGUUGGACGGUUGGACAGCAUUUUUUCCAAAGCAAGUCGUUGUUUUGCCACUGGCAUUCAGCUCACGACCACUUUAGUUCUUUAUUUAAAACGUUCUGGGUCACCCUUCACAUUAUCUGCCAACGGUAACCGGAGCGCCAUGAUGUCGGCGACGCUGCUGCUCAGGCUGCGGGUCAGCGAGCGACUGGAGGCGGCUGUAGAGGAGAUCUUCGGACUGGUGGAGAAGACGGUGUCGGAGUGUCAGGAGGAAGCUGUCCGCAGCAAGAGAGAAAUCCUCCAGCUGAGAAAGCAGAUCGAGCAGCUGACCGUCCUGAAACCGACGGUUGUAUUAUACUGUGCAGAUGCCCAGCCGGUCCCUGCGCUUCCUGUUCUGGAGGAAAUGGAGAUCCAAGAGCAGUUGGAACAGAAGGAAGCGUAUGAGUGUUUCAGCUCAGACACAGAGGUUGAUUCUUCAAACAAUGGUGAAUCAGAACCUGUCCCUAGCUGUGAGCUGCUCACAUCCUCCACGGCUGAAACUUUGAGUGUAAACCAAAGCAUGAAAGAAGAGGGGAACGAAAGAGAUGGAUCACCGUUGCCUUCUCAGAGUCAUAGCGCUGAGGUCUUAGCGCAUCCGCCUCCGAGAGACAAAACGUAUUGCCGUCUUUGUGGUGAACGUUUCAUGAGGGAUGCUCAUCUUAGAAAGCAUGUAGAAGAGAGCCACAAAGGGAACAAGGCCUUUAAAUGCCUGGAGUGCAACAAGGAGUUUGAUCAAAGGCACCACCUUAUUAUGCAUAUAAGAAUUCACACAGGGGAAAAACCCUUUGCUUGUGAUUACUGUGACAAAUCCUUUGUUCAGAACUCUACUCGUGUUGUUCACAUGAGGUUGCAUACUGGGGAAAAACCGUAUUACUGUAACAAUUGUGAGAAAAGUUAUCACACAAGUAAUCAUUUCAAACUUUGCGAAAUGAGGAAAAAAACGCAAAAUGGCAAAAGAAAAGAGGAAUGUAGGUAAGGUUAACAAACCGAAGGAGUUUAAAUGCCUUGAAUGCAACAAGGAGUUCAAUCUGAAGCACCAGCUGGUUAUGCAUACAAAAGUUCACUCUGAUGAAAAACCCUUCAGUUGUGACGUGUGUGACAGAACUUUCAGAUACAAGUUCAAUUGCCUUUCUCACAUGAAACGGCAUACUGAAAAAAAAACAUUUAUUUGUGACAAAUGCGGCAAGAACUUUGUGUGUAGCAAACAUCUUGCAUUGUGCACAGGGACAGAAAAGAAAAGCACAGAUAGGACCAUUCGGUGUCCAACAUGUGGCAGAACCUUUUACACAGAUGCAGACCUGAAGGUGCAUGUGCAGGUUCACGAGUCAUGGAAACUACACAUCACUGAGAAACAGCAAGAACUGAACUUAGAAGAAAACUCUUAAAGCUGUGUGAGAAUGUGUCUGUGUGAAAGUACUAGGAUCGGCCUGGGUUAUCUUUGAACUCUCACUUAAAGGUAGGGUAGGUAACCGUGCAUGUCAUUUGUAUUUACAUUCUUUUCGUUCAACAUUUUUUAUAUUAACAUUUGAUCAAAAUGACACUAUUGUAUAGAAGGGAAAUAACCAAAUAAAAGUUCCAAAUUGUUUCAUGCUAAUACUUCCUGUUUCUUGAUUUAUUAUUUCCAUUGUCUUGAUUUUUUCCACAUUUACAGGCACAAAGACGUAAACUGACAAGACAGCACUUAAUGCAAAGGAGUCCAAAACUUAAAAAAUGUAUAUAUUAUAAAAAAAGGUUACUCUUCCUCAUCGGUUCAGUUCUUUAGACAUAUCCUAAUUUUUCAGGAACAUGAUUUAUUGGAAAAAUGUAAUGUGUUUGUUUGAUAAGCACGUUUUUUGUAUUGCAAAACAAAAUGCAUUAGUUUGUCAAAGGUGUUUUGUAUUUGUAAACCAUACUGUGUUUGUUAAUAAAUCAGUGAGUAUUAAAAAAACAAAA